CAUAAUUUUCAGGGUUUUAUAAACUUCCUCCUCCAUCUGAAUAAAAACUCUCAUACUCUGUCUUUACACACGGCAGAGUAGACAUGCCGAAAUCCAAAAGAGAUCGCGCUGUGACACUAUCAAAGACAAAGAAGAAAGGGAAAGAGCAUAAAGAAACAAUUGUCAACACGAUUAGAGAAGCCAUUGAACAAUAUAAUUCUGUUUAUGUUUUUACCUUUGAAAAUAUGAGGAAUCUUAAGUUUAAGCAGUUCAGAGAACAGCUUAAAUCCAACACCAGAUUCUUUCUCGGGUCAAACAAAGUUAUGCAGGUUGCUCUAGGCCGAUCUGAUUCCGAUGAGAUAAGACCCGGGCUUCACAAGGUGUCAAAGCUUCUUCGCGGGGAUUCAGGGCUUUGUGUGACCAAUAUGUCUAAAGAAGAGGCCCAAAGAAUAUUCAAUGAGUAUGAAGAUUAUGAUUUUGCCAGGACGGGAAGUAUUGCCACAGAAACGGUAGAACUCAAAGAAGGUCCUCUGGAGCAGUUCACCCAUGAAAUGGAACCCUUCUUGCGUAAGCAAGGAAUGACUGUGCGGUUAAACAAAGGAGUGGUGGAACUUGUUGGUGACUGCGUUGUAUGCACAGAGGGGAACCCCAUAUCACCUGAAUCUUCCCGUAUUCUGCGCUUAAUGGGAAUCAAGAUGGCUACUUUUAAGCUACACUUGAUAUGCAGAUGGAGCCCUGAAGAUUUCGAAGUCUAUCAAGAAGGCCUGGAAGGUUCAGAUAUUGAAUCCGCUUAAUAAUACUUCAAAUUUAUGUACCAAGGUUUUGUUAGAUCAGGUUUGUAUUGACGUGUUAAAUGAUUAAACUUAACACAGUUUUGUGAGACUUCAUAUUAUUAUGACUGCUGGAUUGUGUAAAAGUUCCAACAUAGAUAUGUCAGUGUUCUUAAUUGCAUUGCUUUCUUUUUCAA